GGUACACAUCGUCGUGAAUUAUCUCAGAUUGGCAUAUAUAUCGCAAUAGAAACCUAUGAAUAAGAUUACAUCAGAGAACCAUAGAUGAAUAAUCCACAGCAAAUGAAUAGUAAUGAAAAGUAUGAUCUCGACGCCGUGACCAGACGCAUGCUACAAGAAGUCGCCGAUGUCUUUGCAACUAACUGCAUAACACCCUGGCAAGCAAAAGACAUUGGCGAGCAAUAUAUCGGGACAAUAAAAGCAGAUGAAUUCGUACAUGUAGCCAGGCAGCUGGGAUUGGUAUUUACCGUACAAGAAACUAGAGCAUUAUUAAGACAGUUCAAGAAGCAUCAUAUUGAUUAUAUAAAUAUAGACCAAUUUGUACAACUAAUCAAUAACAAAGUUAAACAGGACCGCGUAACCAUAAAGUUGGAUACAUUUACUACUCCUAGCAACAUUAUAGCGCAAAAACUGGAGGAUGUAUACAAUGUACUAGAUUGGCAAAAACAAAAUAAACUCACAACAACGGAUUUAAAACACUUUUUAGGUUCACUCAACGAAGGAGAAUUUGGACAAAAAGAUAUAGAAACACUAUUCAGGAAUGCAAAUAUUAAGCCUAAAAGAAACAUUACAAAGGAAGAAUUCGUCAAGUUGUUUGUUCCAAUCGAAGAUACUGCCUAUCUAUCACUAAAUGUCAUGCAUAAAUGA